AUGGUUCCAACAAGCUGUCUAUUGACAGACAUAGAUCCCUCUAGAAUGAAGUUUAUCAGGGAGAUCACGCGCUCUGAUGCAUCUUCGAUAUUUGAGGUAGAUCUAGAUGGACAAAAGUAUGCAUUGAAGCUUUUCCACGAUGACGGCGACCCUAAAUAUUCUAAUCAGGGUCGUGAUUUGAACCGAUUUCGCUGCGAAUCCAAUGCAUAUCAGAAGCUUCUAGGCUCUGGCAUCUGUGAGCGCGGCUUCGUUCCAAAAUGCUACGGCUACAUCGAUCGAGUGGAUCCGGCUGCAUUCUAUCCUGUUUUCCAACAUUUCGCCUAUAACAAGUUCAAGCCGAGAGCAAUAUUACUUGAAGAUCUCCCAAAUUCAGAGAGUUUAAACUGCGUGAACUACUCGGAUGCUCUCUAUCCUCAGGCAAUCGAGGGUAUGAAGGAGAUACACAGGGCGGGCGUUCACCACCGAGACAUCUAUCCCAGAAACCUUCUCGUUGUUCAUGGAAACCCCAAUAGGCUGGUCUGGAUUGGCUUUGAUAUUGCAAUAACCUUCACAGACUUUGGACCUGAGGAGUUGGCCCGCUAUGAUCACGAAAUUGCGCUUGUGGAGGGACUUGGGGACGCACUAAGAGAUGACCAGGCCGAGGGUCUCCCUCCGAAUACAAAAUUUUAUUGA